CGUUAUCCAUCAAUCCAUUCAUCAUGGGCGACGUACUCGAUCUGGAAACGGCCGAGGUCAUCGAAGGCAUGGACGAUGCGGCCUCCGGUGCGGCUGAGGACGUGUCCUCGGUCCUGAAAGACGCCAAUAAACGCCGUAAAGGUCGGGGCUUUGAAGAGCGUUCGGGGAAAGCGGCGCGGGCUUCGGCCAAAGCGGCCGAUAUCUAUGAUCGCCUGGACGAAUCCUCGGGCACUGGCUCGGGUCAUGAACCCGGACCGCAGCGGUCCAUCGAGGGCUGGAUCCUGUUCGUGACCGGUAUUCACGAAGAGGCCCACGAGGACGAUUUGCACGACCUUUUCGCCGAGUUCGGCGAGAUCAAGAAUCUGCAUUUAAAUCUGGACCGACGUACCGGAUUCUUGAAGGGCUACACUCUGGUCGAAUUCGAGACCUACAAAGAGGCCUUGGCGGCCAAAGACCAAUUAGACGGAGCCGAUCUCUUGGGACAGACCAUCUCGGUGGAUUGGGCCUUUGUCAAAGGACCCAAGAAGAACAGUCGACGAUGAUGCUGUGGCUAAUGAUGAGAGAAUGAGAAAACGUGAAAACGUGUCACAAUCCUCCUCCUUAUUCUAAUAAAGCGAAAACGUGUUGCCGACAACCAUGUUGUGGACCGAGUGUGUGCGUGAAUUAUUUGUGCUUGUCCUGUUUGUUCCAGA